UUUCUGUCUUAUCUCCCGACAUUGGAAGAUCCACUCCCGUGUUGUUCUUCCUCUCGUAUUCGCAGCAAAUUCCCGUAUUUUUUUCCCUUCGUACAAGGCUACAAGCGGGAAACCUAUAAUUUUAUAUUUCUUUCGGUUUCGAUUUCAUUUACCAACAAAAAAAAAAUUCAAAUUAAACAAAUUUAAUUUAAUUAAAGGGAAACAAAUUCCUGUAUUUUCCUUCUCGACUGCAGGGUGCAUGUUGUUUUGCCUAUGACGGCUCUUGGCUCCUGCGCCGGUCCCUUCCCAGAACCUGACAAGGAAUUCUCAAUUGGGGAUUAGGGUUUGUUCGUAAUCUGUAAUUCCGUGGAAAUGGCGGGGAAACGGAUCAUAGCGAUAUGUAUGUCGGGCGGGGAAUUUCAGACGGAGAAGGGCGGUUCUCUGUCUUACAAGGGUGGAGAUGCUCAUGCCAUUGAUGUGGAUGACCAGAUGAGGUUCAAAGACUUUGUGUCGGAAAUUACAGAGAUGUUCAACUGCCAUGUCGGGACAGUGUCUUUGAAGUACUUCCUCCCGGGUAACAAGAAGACGCUGAUCUCGAUCUCAAACGACAAAGAUUUACAGCGGAUGAUCAAGUUCCACGGGAAUUCGGAUACUGCUGAUGUUUAUAUCAUAACAGAUGAAGCUGUUCCUGAUGUUUCAAACAUGCCAGGUAGCAGAUCGAGCAGAACAACGCUGUCUGAAGCCGUUCCUCCUCCGGACAUCAUGGAUGUCACGGCGGAACCAGUACUGGGACUGGACCUUCCCAUCUCGGAUGUCGGGAUGGAGCUAGUCACGAGCCGAGAUGCAGAUGUCCCGAUGGAUAUACCUCCUGAUAUGCUAUCGGUUAAUCCUGUCCCAAGUCCGAAAGGCGAAAAGCUCGUGGCCAAAGCGGCACAGCAGUGGCAGAACACAAUCACAGGGGUGGGACAGAGAUUCAACAGCGUCACGGAAUUCCGGGAAGCGCUUCGGAAGUACGCCAUCGCCAAUCUGUUUGCGUUUCGCUACAAAAAGAACGAUAGCCACCGAGUGACGGUCAAAUGCAAAGCCGAGGGCUGCCCAUGGAGGAUCCACGCAUCGCGGCUAUCAACGACUCAGCUUAUAUGUAUCAAGAAAAUGAAUCCUUCGCAUACGUGCGAAGGCUCGGGUGGGACUAACGGGCUUCAGGCGAGUCGGAGUUGGGUAGCGAGCAUUAUUAAGGAGAAGCUGAAGGUUUUCCCGAAUUACAGGCCGAAAGAUAUCGUCAACGACAUCAAACAAGAGUACGGAAUCCAACUAAAUUACUUUCAGGCGUGGCGCGGGAAAGAAAUUGCCAAAGAACAGCUCCAGGGUUCUUACAAAGACGGUUACAAACAACUGCCGAUGUUCUGCGAGAAGAUCAUGGAAACGAAUCCAGGCAGCCUUGCUACAUUCACGACGAAGGAAGAUUCGAGUUUUCACCGCCUCUUUGUCUCGUUUCACGCCUCGAUCUACGGUUUUCUUCAAGGGUGUCGGCCUCUAGUGUUUCUCGAAAGUUCACCGCUGAAAUCGAAGUAUCUGGGGACCUUGUUGACUGCAACUUCCGCUGACGGCGACGACGAAGUGUUUCCGCUCGCAUUCGGGGUUGUGGAUUCGGAGACGGAUGAUAACUGGCGCUGGUUCUUGCUUCAGCUGAAAUCUGCGCUUUCUGGGUCGUGUCCGAUUACGUUCGUGGCGGAUAGACAGAAGGGUCUACGUGAAUCGAUCCCUGAUGUUUUCGAGGCAUCGUUCCACGGGUAUUGCCUGCGUCACUUGACCGACGAGCUCAUCCGAGACUUGAAAGAGCCGUUUUCUCAUGAGGUAAAGCGAUUGAUCGUCGAGGAUUUUUACGCUGCGGCUUACGCUCCCAGACCCGACGAGUUCCAGAGACACGUGGAAAACAUCAAAGGUAUCUCGCCUGAAGCCUACGACUGGAUAUUGCGGAACAGCCAGCCCGAACAUUGGGCAAACGCAUAUUUCCUGGGGUCGAGGUACAACCACAUGACAUCAAACUCAGGCGAGCCGUUCUUCAGCUGGGCAUCGGAUGCGAACGACGCUCCGAUAACGCAGAUGGUAGAUGUGAUCCGGGGCAAAAUCAUGGAUCUGAUCCAGGUGAGGAGAAUAAACGCGGACUCGGCAGUCGGAAGACUGACGCAGUCCAUGGAGGAGAAGCUCGAGAAAGAGAACGUGAAGGCUCAGACGCUUCAGGUGGUGUUAUCGGCCGACAACGCGUUUCAUGUCCGAGGCGAAACGUAUGAGCUCGUGAACAUGGACCGAUGGGAAUGCAGCUGCAAAAUGUGGCAGAUGAGCGGAGUACCGUGUGCUCAUGCGCUUGCUGUCAUCGCCUGCAUCCGUCGCAGCCCUUACGAUUUCUGCUCCCGAUACUUCACCGUCGAGAACUACAGGCUUACGUAUUCGCAGUCGAUAAACCCGGUCCAGUCGUUAGACCUAGAGAUCCCGAGGGACAGCUCAGGGGGCGGAUCUGUGGUGACGGUGACGCCACCUCCAAUGAAGCGGCCGCCGGGACGGCCGGCGACGAAGAAGGCGGAGCAGGAGGUGAUGAAGAGGCAGCUGCAGUGUAGUAGGUGCAAGGGACUUGGCCACAACAAGUCCACUUGCAAAGAUUAUCUCUUAGAGUGCUGAUUUAGGUUCUUCACUUAAUCUCUAUGUUUAAUCCUCUGUGUGAAUUAGUUUUACUACUUUUUUUUUUUUUUAAUUUCUUCGGUUUGGUUUCAUCUGACAAUGAAAGUGAUGAUGAAUCUGUAAACACGAGAUAUCCACACGCUGUUUUCCUACCCGAAAAAUCAGGUUUGUAUUGAAAUC